UGCUCCGACACUGGUGAGCUUCCACUUCUCUCUUGCUGCCUGCACAGCUCUGAAGCUCACCGCUGAGAGAUCUCUCCCCGCUUGCUCCUUGCCCUGCCAGGAAUGCAUCUAUGACCCACAGAGAACCUCAGUGACCCAUCUCGGGGGCGAGGGGGUCUCGGCACCAAUCUGGAGAGUGGGCACAACACAGAUCAUGGGCAGCAAAGAGCGGUUCCAUUGGCAAAGCCACAAUGUCAAGCAGAGCGGGGUGGACGACAUGGUCCUCCUCAGCAAGAUCAACGAAGACGCCAUCGUCGAAAAUCUGAAGAAGCGGUUCAUGGAUGACUAUAUUUUCACCUAUAUUGGACCUGUCCUGAUCUCUGUCAACCCUUUUAAGCAAAUGCCCUAUUUCACAGACCGGGAAGUGGAACUCUACCAAGGAGCAGCUCAGUACGAAAACCCGCCCCACAUCUACGCGCUGACCGACAACAUGUACCGAAACAUGCUCAUCGACGGGGAGAACCAAUGCGUCAUCAUCAGCGGCGAGAGUGGUGCAGGGAAGACGGUGGCCGCCAAAUACAUCAUGGGGUACAUUUCCAAAGUUUCCGGAGGUGGCGAAAAGGUGCAGCAUGUUAAAGAUAUCAUUCUCCAGUCCAACCCACUUCUGGAAGCAUUUGGCAAUGCCAAGACUGUCCGAAACAACAACUCCAGUCGAUUCGGGAAGUACUUUGAGAUCCAGUUCAGCCGUGGAGGGGAGCCCGAUGGAGGGAAGAUCUCCAACUUUCUGCUGGAAAAAUCCCGUGUGGUGAGCCAGAACGAAAGUGAGAGGAACUUCCAUAUCUAUUACCAGCUCAUUGAGGGGGCCUCCCAAGACCAGAAGCACAAUUUGGGGAUCAUGAGCCCAGAUUACUACUACUACCUGUCCCAAUCAGAAACGUACAAAGUGGACGGAACGGACGACCGGAGCGAAUUCCACGAGACAAUGAACGCCAUGGACGUCAUCGGGAUCUCUGGCCAAGACAAGCAGCUCAUCCUACAGAUCACUGCCGGCAUCCUUCACCUCGGCAACAUCGGCUUCCAGGAGCAGGGCAACUACGCCCAGGUGGAGAGCCCAGAUUUGCUGGCCUUUCCUGCCUACCUCCUGGGGAUCGACAAGAACCGGCUCAACGACAAGCUGACCAGCCGGAAAAUGGACAGCAAGUGGGGCAACCAGAAGGAGUCCAUCAACGUGACCCUCAAUGUCGAGCAAGCUUCCUACACCCGCGACGCCCUUGCCAAGGGGCUGUACUCCCGCGUCUUUGACUUCCUUGUGGAGUCCAUCAACAGAGCCAUUCAGAAGCCGCACGAAGAAUACAGCGUUGGCGUUCUGGACAUUUAUGGGUUUGAAAUAUUCCAGAGAAAUGGCUUUGAGCAAUUCUGCAUCAACUUUGUGAAUGAAAAGCUGCAGCAGAUCUUCAUCGAGCUGACCCUCAAAGCAGAGCAGGAAGAGUAUGUGCAGGAAGGGAUCAAAUGGACCCCAAUCGAAUAUUUCAACAACAAAGUGGUGUGUGACCUCAUUGAAAACAAGCUGAAUCCUCCCGGCAUCAUGAGCGUCUUGGACGACGUCUGCGCCACUGUUUACGCCAAGGGCGACGGGGCUGACCAGACACUCCUUCAGAAGCUGCAGUCGGCCGUGGGGAACCACGAACAUUUCAAUGGGUCCAAUUUGGGAUUCGUCAUCCACCAUUACGCUGGCAAGGUGUCCUACGACGUGAGCGGCUUCUGCGAACGCAAUCGGGACGUGCUCUUCACCGACUUGAUCGAGUUGAUGCAAAGCAGCGAAUUCGGGUUCAUCCGGGGACUCUUCCCAGAAAAACUCGACGCGGAUAAGAAAGGGAGACCCACCACAGUGGGAACCAAAAUUAAGAGGCAGGCCAAUGAUCUCGUGAACACCUUGAUGAAGUGUACGCCCCACUACAUCCGCUGCAUAAAACCCAACGAGACCAAGAGACCAAGAGACUGGGAGGAGAGCAGGGUAAAGCACCAGGUGGAGUAUCUGGGGCUGAAGGAGAACAUCCGAGUCCGCCGAGCGGGGUUCGCCUAUCGCAGGCUCUUCCACAAAUUCCUGCAGAGGUACGCCAUCCUGACCCCGGAGACGUGGCCCAGGUGGCAGGGAGAUGAGCGCCAGGGGGUCCAGCACUUGCUGCGGUCCGUCAACAUGGACGCGGAUCAGUACCAGAUGGGCCGCUCCAAGGUUUUCGUAAAGAACCCCGAGUCGCUCUUUCUGCUAGAGGAGAUGCGGGAAAGGAAGUUUGACGGAUACGCCCGGGUAAUCCAAAAAGCUUGGCGCUGCCACAUCGCGAUCCGGAAAUACGAGCAGAUGCGGGAAGAAGCAUCUCACAUCCUGUACAACUUCAAAGAGAGGCGGCGCAACAGCAUCAACCGGAACUUCGUGGGGGACUAUUUGGGCAUGGAAGACAAGCCUGAGCUGCGCCAGUUCUUGGCCAGGAGGGAGCGAAUCGAUUUUGCCGACUCAGUCACCAAAUAUGACAGGCGGUUUAAACCCAUCAAGAGGGACUUCAUCCUGACUCCCAAAUACCUCUACAUGAUCGGCCGGGAGAAGGUGAAAAAGGGUCCUGAGAAAGGCCAGAUCCGAGAGGUCCUGAAGAAGAAAGUGGAGGUCCAAGCGGUCAACAGAGUGUCCCUCAGCACGAGGCAAGACGAUUUCUUCAUCCUCCACGAAGCCGAGGCCGACACGUUCUUGGAAUCCAUCUUCAAGACGGAGCUCAUCAGCCUCCUCUGCAAGCGCUACGAAGAGGCGACCCGCAGCAAACUCCACCUGAACUUCAACGACACAUUACAGUUCCGUGUGAAGAAAGAAGGGUGGGGAGGAGGGGGCACCCGGACGGUGUCGUUCGUGAGUGGACAGGGCGACGUGGCAGCCCUCAAAGCAGGCGGCAAGACUCUGACCAUAUCCAUUGGGAGCGGACUCCCCAAGAACUCCAAGCCAACUAGGAAAGGGGCCAAUCAAAGCAGAGGUCGCCACAAGCAGGCAGCGCCACCGCGAUCCGCCCCGUCAGCCCCAAGAGGGGCGCCCCCUCAAGGUACAUGCAGGAACGGAGCGCCGCAAUUUGCACGCAGUACCAGGUCCCAGGAACAGACCUACAGCACCCCCAAGAGGCCUGGACAAGGGCCCCCAGCCAGCGCUCUCCCCAGACAAGGCAUGACGCGACGGACAAAGGCGAGGACGCCCUCGGACCACAACAUGGAAUUCCUCAACGUUCCAGACCAGGGAAUGGCAGGGACACAGAGGAAGCGGAGCAUCAGCCAGAAACCCCCUCCGGCCGUGGGGAGGCCCAAGCCGCAGGCAAAGGCUUCCGGGCCACGAUGCCGCGCUUUGUACCAGUAUGUUGGGCAGGAUGUGGAUGAGAUCAGCUUCAACGCGGGCGACGUGAUAGAUAUAUUGAUGGAAGACCCCUCCGGAUGGUGGAAAGGCCGGCUUCAUGGGCGAGAAGGCCUCUUCCCCGGGAAUUAUGUUCAGAAGAUCUGAGCAACGCUCCAUCCUGUGGCCCAGAGCCUAAGCAGGGCAGAUCAUACGAAACCAGCUCUUGAAACAGAGAGAGCUUGCGCCAUGCGCAAGGAACCCCCGCCACAUGCGUCGCAAAGCACAUGGAGUCAGGAACGCUGCCUCCUUGACUGCUGUUUCCAAAACUGCAAAAGCUUUGAACAUGUGUUUUUUUCAGCGUGGGGAAAACGAAGGCGACCUUUGCACCCUAGCACUCAUUGGGUUGAUAAUUUUUGCUGUUCUGGUGCUAUCUAAAGGGGUACGGCAAGUAGGGAUUUUUUU